CAUGUAUCACUUAUGAGUUUCACUUCUUCUCUAGUGGCAAAUCUUGGUGCAAAUACUCCACUUUCCCUGUCAUUCUUAUCUUAUACAGCAAUAGCUUUGGUGUAUGGAGGCAUCAUGAUUUACAGGAGGCAGAAAUUACAGGUUCCUUGGUAUUGGUAUGCCCUUUUAGGUUUAGCUGAUGUCCAGGGAAAUUUUCUUGUAAAUAAAGCAUAUCAGUAUUCAUCAAUCACCAGUGUAACCAUACUGGAUUGCUGGACAAUAGCUUGGGUGAUGAUUUUGACGUGGUUAUUUUUGGGCACACGAUAUUCUUCAUGGCAAUUCUUUGGUGCAGUAGUAUGUUUAGGUGGUCUUGGACUUGUCCUUUUAUCAGAUGCUAAGGUGGGUGGUGGAAGCGGUGGUUCCAAAACUCUUCUUGGUGAUAUAUUUGUCAUAAUAGGAACAUUUUUCUUCUCAAUGAGCAAUGUUGGUGAGGAGUUUUGUGUGAAAAAGAAAGAUCGUAUCGAAGUGGUUUCCAUGAUUGGUCUUUUCGGCUUGCUUGUUACUAUAAUUGAGAUACCAAUCUUGGAAAGGAAGAGUUUGGAAUCAGUCGAGUGGUCUCCAGAGCUUAUUUUAGCUUUCUGUGGCUAUGCAGUGGCAAGCUUUAUGUUCUACACCAUUGUUCCCUUUCUUCUCAAAAUGAGCGGAUCUACGUUGUUCAAUCUAUCUCUUCUCACAUCUGAUGUGUGCGCAGUUUUAAUUAGAACCUUUUUCUACAAGCAAAAGAUACUUUUAUCCAUUUUUUCCCCUAUUCAAUGAAUUUUGACGGUUUCCGCCAUUCAAGAGCGUGUCUCUAUUUUACUUGAUCCAUAUUGUAGACGUGCCAAUUUUCAUCAUGCAUCCUGUGCUGAUCACUUAUAAUUGAAAAUUGCAGGUUGAAUGGCUGUACUUUGUAGCCUUUGCACUUGUGGUUACUGGGUUGAUCAUAUACUCAAAAACGUAAGUCAUGCUCUUUGAAUCUGUUAUCUCAUGAAUUACUAUACACUCUGGUGCUAUCAUAUUAAACAGGGAUGAG